UUACGGCGCCGCGAGAUGGCGUUGAAUAGCGUCAGUCUCGGUGAAAAUGGAGCCGCUCGAGUGAAGGUGGGUGAUUCUGUGUGCGCGUGUGAGUCCGGAAAGUGCUAUUUCUCGGAGAUGUGGCAAGAUCUGGGCGGUUUAGGGAGUGUAGGAGUGAAUUCCGGUGUUCACCAAGCCGACCAGUUUGGAACGACGGAAUUGACUCCCGAGCAACAAAAGAUCCUGAUAGAUAUAAGGCGGAAGAAAACGGAAUUGCUGCUCGAGAUACAACAAUUGAAAGAUGAAUUGGGCGAGGUUGUGGCAGAGAUGGAGGCAAUGGAGGGCGGCGGGCUUACAGCCGACGAGACUAAACCGUCCAACAAGGCUAAGCAGACGUCGAUCGGCCGCAAAAAGUUCAAUAUGGAUCCUAAGAAGGGCAUCGAGUACCUGAUAGAGCACAAUCUGUUGGCGCCAACGCCGGAGGAUGUCGCUCAAUUUCUGUAUAAGGGCGAAGGUCUCAACAAAACGGCGAUCGGCGAUUAUCUUGGCGAGCGGCACGACUUCAACGAACGUGUGCUGCGAGCCUUCGUCGAACUGCACGACUUCACCGAUCUCAUAUUGGUACAAGCUCUACGUCAAUUUCUCUGGUCGUUCCGAUUGCCCGGCGAAGCACAGAAAAUCGAUCGCAUGAUGGAGUGCUUUGCUCAAAGGUACUGCCAGCUAAACCCAAAUAUCUUCACCAAUACGGACACUUGCUACGUCCUGAGUUUUGCCAUCAUCAUGUUGAAUACUUCCUUGCAUAAUCCGAGCGUUAAAGAUAAGCCCAGCGUAGAUCAGUUUAUUUCAAUGAAUCGAGGGAUCAAUAAUGGCGGAGAUCUGCCACGGGAACUGCUCGUGAGCCUAUACGAGAGUAUAAAAACUGAGCCUUUCAAAAUACCGGAGGACGAUGGCAAUGAUUUAAUGCAUACCUUCUUUAAUCCCGACAAAGAGGGCUGGCUGUGGAAGCAAGGUGGACGUUACAAGAGCUGGAAGAGGCGAUGGUUCAUAUUGAACGAUAAUUGUUUAUAUUACUUCGAGUACACAACGGAUAAGGAACCACGCGGCAUCAUUCCGCUAGAGAAUAUUCAAGUUAGAGAGAUUCAGGACCGACAUAAACCGCACUGUUUCGAAUUGUAUGCUGCUGGUUCUGAGUUUAUAAAAGCAUGCAAGACUGAUAGCGAGGGAAAAGUCGUCGAAGGAAAGCAUACGGUAUACCGGAUGUCCGCAGCUACUGACGAAGAGAAAGAUGAAUGGAUCAAAUGCGUGCGACAAAGUAUAUCGCACAAUCCUUUUUAUGACAUGCUGGCGGCACGAAAAAAGAAGGCACAAAAGACAAAUGUACAUUCAAAGAGUUAAGUGCUGCCACAAGCCAAGUUUCGAGAGAAACUCGGCUGAUCACAAGACUGUUUAUUCACGAUUCUCAUAUAUCGUAUCGUCGAAUAUAAUCUAGUUACACGAUGGGGCAAAAAUCCAUCGAAAAAGAAAAAAAAACGCCGAAAGCGUUACGGACCAUGCUAAUAGCCAGGCAUGGUGUCGUGAAACGUGACACGAAAUAUUGUUGCAGCAAUGCUGCGACUGUAUACAUAAAUAAAUGGCUUUAACGUGACAUUAUAGAUCGAGUACAGAAUAUAGAAUCGACACAAUAUAAAAUGGAACUAGUUAAAUGAAAAUUAUAUUAAUAAUAUUCUGCUGUAUGAAGAAAUGAGGAGGAAGGGAGAAAAUAACACGUCGUUUUAACAUAAUGUUCGAUCGACACAUCAUGUGGGUGUGAAAAGGAUCUUACGCUAGAGAGGCCUGGCUACAUUUCCAUUUAAUUAAUGGAUAAUACUGCCUCUAUAUCCUUUCUGCAAAAGAAGAUGAUAUAUACGAUUUUGCAACGUUAGAAGGCAAAACCUUUACGGUAAAUAAAUAAAUAUCUGGAUUAAUUGAUACCAAAAUAACAUAUUAUGUGAGCGGAUAAACAUUGAUUUAUGUCGUAUCUUGCUGUAGAAAUUAACCUCAAGAAUUGUCCUUGUAGUAAUUGUAAUACAAAAUAGACGCUUUUAAUCUCUUAGUGCUACAUCUGGCGAUAUAUCUGGCGAUAUAUCUGGCGAUAUUAUGUGAAAACAGUUUAUGUAGGAAAUUCUCUCUAGCGGAGAGAACAGAACAUGUUUUAUUUUCAGGCAGCUUUGAGACACCGUUGGAGCUUUAUCUCAGUUUAGAAAGAUAAUAUUUGAGAUAUUUUGUAUAGAAUAUAAUAUUGUCCUGUAUCAUUUUGGAAAUAUGAAAGAUAAGUCGUGAUUUCCAAUUAUAUUAAAAGAGGCAUAGAAUCAAGGAUCCGAUAAUUUGUAUCCAUGUGAUAAUUAUCCGUGUGUAUUUAUUUAAACAAAUAUGUACAAAGAGAUAAAAACUGAGUGAGUACAUUUUCCGCAUAAGACAUCAUUUUGAAUUAUCCAUGCUUGUACAUUUGCAAAUAUAGCGUUAGUCAAGUUGUAAUAAUUAAUUUAAUUUGAGAGGUUGUAUAUGCAAUCUUUACAAAAUUUAUGUAGUAAUUAAUACGCGUAAUAAGCUUAUAAAUUAAUAAUAUUUUGAUAAGAUCUAACAGGAACCUGCAACUCUAUUAAUUUUUGUCGAAAAGAAACAAGGGAGAAAAGAGAAACAGUAAAAAAAAUUAAAACGAAUUUGAUACGAAAAGUUACAUUUUAAGUGUCACACACACAUACACACACACAUACGCGCGCGCGCGCGCGCGCGUGUGUGUGUGUGUGUAUAAAAUUUGUGUUUUAUAAUCAUACAUAUAGCUCUCUUACAUUACUCUCGAAUAAAAAUAAUUUCAUACGGAAACAAGUACAAUUACAUUAUGUUUCGAAUUUGUUAAUUCCUCUGUAAUUUUACAUUAUUAUAUUUGUACAUAUUAUCGCAUGUCAAAUAAAAAAUUAACGACAGAGGAGCAGGUGCCUUUGAGAUCAUUCAGCUAGUCGUAAAAGAUGAUCCGUCAUAUACGAUAAACUCGGGAAAAUAUUUUUCUUUGCUUAUGCAAAGAAAGCCAAACAUCGAAAACGCCUUAUUAUAAUACACAUAUAAUAAUAGAUUAUAAAACGCAGGUACUGCAAAACAGAGAUAAUAGUAGGGCAUAAAUUUUUUAAUGUUGUAUUCUUAAAGAGAUGUAGACUCUGUAUCGCAAUAGAGCAAUCUCUAAUUAAUAGUGGAUUUAUGGAAAAAAAUUUUUAUAACAAUAUUGAAAAUACACGUAAUUCACGUAAAUUAAUCUGUUAAAUAUUACAUAGAGAUUUUUUUUGUAUAUAUAAAAAACAUUUCCUUCUAAUUAAUAUUUUAGCGCGAUACAUUAACAUGCCUGCCGACAUACUCUCGAAAUAUUUCUUUCAAAGCCUGUUUUUCGAUAACUACAUGGACAAUAAUGUUGCGUUAUUAUCAAAAUGUCAAUACAUGUAUCGUAUGAUCGAUGAUGAAAAUGAAAAAAAUAUAGGCUCGUCUUUAUGGGCUAUUUCACAUUUAUAAAUUAUGUUUUCUCACGUGGGAUAUUUGUCGAAUUGUAUCCAAAUGUGUAGUAAUUCAGUAUCGUACUUCGUAUCAGUAUUUUCUACAGAGAUCAACAUUGAUUAAUUAUUUAUGCUAGUACAUAGAUAUUUUAUGUAACUAUGUAGAUGAAUUUGGUGAAUUUGGUAUUUUGUGUUUCUUUUUUUCUUGUCCACGAAAAAUAUUUUGUAGAAUUACGCACGCAUAUAUAUCAUAGAUUUCUUAUGAAAUAUGGUAUAUCUCAUAAAAAAAAAAAAA